AUGGUAGAGGAAAAUCAUACUAAAGAUAUAAUUGCUAUGGUGUCUGAAAUGCAAAUUUGCAUGAUCAUUGAAUUAAACAUGGUUGCAGCCAUUAAAUCUUCUUACUGGUGGCUUGAUUCUGGUGCUACCAUAUAUGUUUGCAAUGAUAGAGCACAAUUUAAGAUCUACAAAACCAAAAAGGAUGGUCAAGAAGUACUAAUGGGCAAUCACAAUGGUGCUAAGGGUGUGGUGGUUGGGGUUAGAGGUCGCAGUGGUGGCAGUGGUAGUGGUGAGGAUUGCAACGUUGCUGCCAGUGGCAACGAUGGUGGUGGUGAUGGAACUAGUGAUGUAAAGCUUGUGGUUAUAGUCAUAAGUGGCAGCGAUGGUACUAGCAUUGGCAGUGUAGCUGACGGUGAUGAUAGUGAUGGCAACAACAAUUGUAAGGGUUACAAUGGUGGUAGAGGCAAUGACAUCGGCGAUGGCAGUUGUGGUGGAAAUGGUGACGACUGUGAUAGUGAUUGUUAUGGCGGCGGCAACGACAAUGAAAGUGGUGCUAAUUAUAGUUGUGAUUGUGGUGCUGGUGGUGAUAGUUGUGGUAGUGGUGGUAGUGGCGACGACGAUGAUGGUGGUGAUAGUGGCGGUAGUGGUUGUAGUGGUAGCCGUUAG